UAUUAACUCCGCUGUUGUUGUCUGUUUGUCCCGAAAUGUAGGCAGCUUCGCAGCCACUGCCAUCACGAGUGGAAGUCCCGUCACAUUCGAUCACGCACACUCCUCCUGCGAAGGCCAGCAGCCUCUGCUUCUGACUCGCGUCAAUGGCGUCGCGAUGCUUGCUCUUGCAGCUCCCCGCUUCGCCCGCUCCGUGCCCCGACCUCCGUCAACCGCGUCCUCCUUCACUUUCCCGCCAAAACCCGAUCACCUUCUCUAACGCGAUCGGCGGUUCGAAGCUGCUGCGGUCCGAGCUUCCCACGAGGAAUCGGAGCGAGGCGUCUCGCCGCUUCCCCCGCGUCGGCGGUCGGGGCCCUGACUCGAUUCGGGUAGUGACGGUCAGAUCUCAGUUGAAUUACCCUCUCAUUUCGCCUCACGAUAAAUGGGGCAGCUGGACUGCUCUCUUCGCGGCCGGCGCUUUUGGCAUCUGGUCCGAGAAGACCAAGAUUGGGAGCACUUUGAGUGGGGCCCUGGUGAGCACUUUGGUUGGUCUUGCCGCCAGCAAUUUGGGGAUCAUUUCAUGCGAAGCUCCGGCUUAUAAAGUCGUAUUGGAGUUUCUACUCCCUUUGGCUGUCCCCUUGCUGCUGUUUAGGGCUGACCUGAGCCGCGUGAUCCAGUCUACUGGGAAACUUCUCUUGGCUUUCUUGCUUGGAUCAGUUGCCACCACGAUUGGGACUGUAGUGGCUUACUUUUUGGUGCCAAUGAGAUCACUGGGGCAAGAUAGCUGGAAGAUAGCUGCUGCACUUAUGGGAAGACAUAUUGGUGGAGCUGUCAAUUAUGUUGCAGUAGCUGAUGCUCUUGGUGCUUCCCCAUCAGUUCUAGCUGCUGGGCUAGCUGCAGAUAAUGUCAUUUGUGCAGUUUAUUUCGCUACAUUGUUUGCAUUGAGCACAAAAGUACCUCCAGAGUCUUCAUCUGGCGAUGGAGGAGAUUCUGUAAAUGGUGCUCUGGACACAGAAUCAGGACCUGAUGACAAGCUACCUGUUCUACAGAGUGCUACAGCCAUAGCUGUGUCCCUUGCCAUAUGCAAAGCAGGAAGUUUUCUCACGAAAUAUCUUGGUAUUCAAGGGGGUAGUUUGCCUGCCAUAACAGCUGUUGUUGUUAUUUUAGCAACUCUUUUUCCUACUCAAUUUGGCAAGCUGGCACCAUCCGGCGAGGCUAUGGCUCUGAUAUUGAUGCAGGUGUUCUUCACUGUCAUCGGUGCAAGUGGAAACAUAUGGAGUGUCAUCAAUACAGCGCCUAGUAUAUUUUUGUUUGCCUUUGUUCAGAUUACGGUCCAUCUUGCUGUGAUCCUUGGAUUAGGAAAGCUAUUUGGCUUUGAGCUGAAGCUGUUACUUAUUGCUUCAAAUGCGAAUGUUGGUGGCCCAACAACAGCUUGUGGAAUGGCAACAGCAAAAGGGUGGAGUUCUAUGGUCGUCCCCGGGAUUCUUGCUGGAAUUUUUGGAAUUGCAAUCGCCACUUUCCUGGGUAUUGGUUUUGGUGUAUCCUUUUUAAAAUUCAUGUGAACUGUAAAUUAUGUAGCAUUCAUAUCAGCUCCUGUUUAAAAUUCCCAGAUCAAAUGCCAAUUUAUCUCCUCUCUCCAUCAACUCUGCGACUUCUAGAUGUAAAUAAAAUAACUCUUCUUCUGCUCAUAUUCCAAUUUCAGUUGAAAGAACUUAUGCCCUACUUUAUCUCA